AAAAAUCACAAAAAUUGUAGAACCACCACCUUCAUUCAUCAUUCUCUUCCCUCAAAAAAAUUUCUUCCUGUUUCCUCUCCUGCAACAAUCCAAACAAAAAAAAAAUCCCAAAUUCAAACAACAUUGACACCCACAUUACAAUUCACAACCCACACAUGAGCCACAAUGAUGAAAAAAAGGACCGAAGGCGUAAAAAUGUCAUGGGCAGCUACAAUUAUUACAAAAUGUUCGGUUGUUUUAACCGAAAGUUCAAAAUCAACGAUCUGGGUCCACCCCGUGACGUCAUCGACGUCUUUAAUUUGUAUACAAAGGAUGAAUCAGAAAUGUCACCGGAUAAAUUUUUACGCUUUUUGGUUGAGUUUCAGAGAGAAGAGGGGUACACCAUUGGCGAUGUGGAGCGGGUCAUGGAUCGGGUCCUGAAUCUGUCACGCUCUCAUUUGACCCGUUAUGUUUUUACUGUUAAUGAUUUUUUUCAGUAUUUGUUGCUUGAUGACGUCAAUGGGCCCAUUAAAACUCAGGUACAUCACGAUAUGACCGCUCCAUUGCAACAUUAUUUUAUAUAUACGGGUCAUAACUCAUACCUUACCGGAAAUCAACUAAGUAGUGAUUCUAGUGAAGUACCAAUUAUAAAAGCUCUUGAAAGAGGUGUUCGAGGAAUUGAACUUGAUAUAUGGCCAAAUAAUUCAAAAGAUGGAAUACAUGUACUUCAUGGGAGGACGUUGACAACCCCAGUAACGCUUCACAAAUGUUUAAAGUCGAUUAAAGAACAUGCUUUCGUCAAAUCUCCAUAUCCUGUUAUUAUCACUUUAGAGGAUCAUCUUACACCAACUCUUCAAGCUAAAGUUGCAGAGAUGGUCACAAGCACGUUUGGGGAUAUGCUAUACUACCCAAAGGAAAGUGACAAAGAUGCACUCCCUUCUCCCGACGCAUUAAAACAUCAGAUCAUUCUUUCAACAAAACCACCAAAAGAGUACCUUCAAUCCAAGAACGCGGGCAAAGAACAUGCCUCGGUGGAUAAAGAUUCUUCUUCUGAUGAGUUGGAAGAUCGUCGGAGCAACAGUGAUCAGGAUGAUGAUGAUGAUCGGAGAUGCAGUGUAAGCGAUAGAUAUUGUGCAAAUGAGGUAAGCACAAGCACAAGACCGACUCAACAAUUGUCAGAUCUCCUUGGUGGUUACUAUGAAGAUGACGAUAUUGAAGACGAAAAAUAUGAGCACAAAACGCACCUCGAGUACAAACACCUCAUUGCAAUUCAUGCUUCUAAACCCAAAAAUGGAACAAGAAAGGCGUUAAGGGAUGAACACAGGAAAGCUAAACGUCUUAGUUUGAGCGAACAGGCGCUUCAAAGAGCUGCAAAUCUAUAUGCACUUGAUAUUGUCAGGUUCACUCAAAAGUAUAUUCUCCGGGUGUUCCCGAAGGGAACGCGCGUUACCUCAACAAAUUUUAGACCACUUACUGCAUGGAUGCAUGGUGCUCAAAUGGUUGCCUUCAACAUGCAGGGGUAUGGGAGAUCACUUUGGAUGAUGCAUGGUAUGUUCAGAUCGAAUGGAGCGUGUGGUUAUGUUAGAAAGCCUGAUUUUCUUUUGAAAACGGGUCCUAACGGGGAAGUAUUUGACCCCAAGGCAACAUUACCAGUGAAGAAAACAUUGAAGGUGAAAGUGUAUAUGGGAGACGGGUGGCGUUUGGAUUUUAGCCAGACUCACUUUGAUGCAUUCUCACCACCAGAUUUCUACACAAAGAUAUAUAUGGCUGGAGUGCCUGCUGAUGUGGCAAAGAAGAGAACCAAAGUAAUUGGAGAUGACUGGACACCCGUAUGGAACGAAGAGUUCACAUUCCCGUUGAGAGUCCCAGAGCUCGCGUUACUUGAGAUAGUUGUACAAGAAUAUGAUGUCGACAAAGAUGACUUUGCGGGUCAGGCAUGUUUGCCUGUAUCCGAAUUGAGACCCGGGAUUCGUGUAGUUCCGCUCUAUAACAAGAAAGGAGAGAAAUUUAAAUCUGUAAAGCUUCUUAUGCGAUUCCUCUUUGUAUAAACACAUUUUACAGUGUUCUUCUUUGAUCUUUUUUUUUUACUUAAAGAAUUUGAUCAGUGUACUUUGACA